AUGGCGCCCCUGAUCAACCAUCUCUACACGGCCGACCCGUCGGCCCACGUCUUCAACAGCAGGGUCUACAUCUACCCCUCGCACGACCGCGAGACGGACAUCAAGUUCAACGACAAUGGCGACCAGUACGACAUGGCCGACUACCACGUCUUCAGCCUGGACUCGCUGGACCCGGCCUCGUCCGUGACGGACCACGGCACCGUCCUGACGCUGGCCGACGUGCCCUGGGCCUCGAAGCAGCUGUGGGCGCCCGACGCGGCCCGCAACCCGGCCACGGGCCAGUACCACCUGUUCUUCCCCGCGCGCGACAAGAACGGCAUCUUCCGCAUCGGCGUGGCCGUCGGCGACAAGCCCGAGGGGCCGUUCAAGGCCGACGAGGGGUACAUCCCGGGCACGUACUCGAUCGACCCGGCGGUGCUGGUCGACGACGACGCGUCCUCGUACCUCUACUUCGGCGGGCUGUGGGGAGGGCAGCUGCAGUGCUACCAGCGCGGGCACGGCGACGCCGACUUCGACGCGUCCUGGUCCGGGCCCAAGGAGCCGUCGGGCCCCGGGGCCAAGGCGCUGGGGGCGCGGGUCGCGAAGCUGGGCAGGGACAUGCGCACGCUCGACGGCGGGGUGCACGAGGUCGAGAUCCUGGACCCGGAGACGCGGGAGCGCAUCGCGGCCGACGACCACGAGCGGCGGUUCUUCGAGGCGGCGUGGUGCCACAAGCGCAAGGGGAAGUACUACUUCUCGUACUCGACGGGGGACUCGCACUUCCUGUGCUGGGCGGUGGGCGACUCGCCGAUGGGGCCGUUCGUGUACGGGGGCCGGAUGCUGGAGCCCGUGCUGGGGUGGACCACGCACCACUCUGUUGUCGAGUUCCCCGAGGGGAGCGACCGGUGGUGGCUAUUUCACCACGACUGUGAGCUCAGUGGCGGGGUUGACCACCUGCGGAGCGUCAAGGUGAAGGAGAUAUUCUAUGAUGGGGACCGCAUCGUGCAGGAGAAGCCGGGUGCGUAG